UUUCUUGGGUAAAGUGAAGAGAGAGAGGUAUUAACCCUCGCUUGGAUAAAUUUAGUGUCUUAGAAUGGUCAUAUAUGCAACUGGGACGAAACUCUUCCUUUUAGUAGUUGUUAUUUGUUGUUGGGUUUCUUUCGUGUUUAGUGAACAACAAGAAACCCUUUCGUUGCCUACUUAUACGUUGAUCAGUGCUGCGGAAGUCUUCAGGGACGAUGCUCCUCACCCUCUCAGCAGAAAUCUUCCUUCUUCUAGCGAGAUAGAAAUUGCAUAUUCUUUCAGUAUAGAGAAUGAAGAAAAGAGUAUUCAGCCUGGAACGUUGGUGGAUUGCUUAGUUGGAGUGGCAAAUGGAGGUCCGUUUCCAUAUCGAAUAUUAGCAAUUGGUGGAGCACUACACUCUCCUGCACAAUUCAACUAUUACGUGCAAAAUUUCACUCUCCUUUACGUCAACUAUACCAUAAGUCCUGGAAAGGAGUUGACUUUUUCCUAUCGUUUUCAACCACAUAUGCAACUUGAACCCGCAAACUAUAUCAUGUCACUCGACUUGUUUUAUGACGGAGAACCACUAGAGGAAAUGACAAAAGAUCAAGAGAGAACCUUGAGCUCUGUCAUGUUUCGCACUACUUUUUACAAUGCUAGUCUUGCUAUGAAAGAUGAAAGCAACCCUGUGGACAAUCGAUUGUUUUACAUAACUGUAGUAGCUAUUGUGACGCUGUUGUUAUUUGCAUUCUCAUUUUAUAAGUUCUUUUAUCCGACACUAAAACCCAGGGCCAAAAAGUUGAUCAGUUCUAAAAAAUCUUCCAACCAGAACGACAUGAAUGACUGGCUACAAGGACAUCAUGAAGUUUUGAAAGCUAGUAAUAUAGUCAAUCAAAAGCGCAGCGUCUCACCAAAUAGUAGAAAUAUGAAGAACGAAUAAAAAUUCAUUGCAAGGAAAAAAUGAAAAUUGCGCCAAGUUG